AUGCCUGGGUCCCCUCUUCAAAAUACAGGCCUUUGGUGCAUUGUGGGGAUCGGGAGCGCGGACGCCUGGGUCCCCUCUUCAAAAUACGGGCGUUCGGUGCGUUGUGGGGAUCGGGAGCGCGGACGCCUGGGUCCCCUCUUCAAAAUCCGGGCGUUCGUUGCGUUGUGGGGAUCGGGAGCGCGGACGCCUGGGUCCCCUCUUCAAAAUCCGGGCGUUCGUUGCGUUGUGGGGAUCGGGAGCGCGGACGCCUGGGUCCCCUCUUCAAAAUCCGGGCGUUCGUUGCGUUGUGGGGAUCGGGAGCGCGGACGCCUGGGUCCCCUCUUCAAAAUCCGGGCGUUCGUUGCGUUGUGGGGAUCGGGAGCGCGGACGCCUGGGUCCCCUCUUCAAAAUCCGGGCGUUCGUUGCGUUGUGGGGAUCGGGAGCGCGGACGCCUGGGUCCCCUCUUCAAAAUCCGGGCGUUCGUUGCGUUGUGGGGAUCGGGAGCGCGGACGCCUGGGUCCCCUCUUCAAAAUCCGGGCGUUCGUUGCGUUGUGGGGAUCGGGAGCGCGGACGCCUGGGUCCCCUCUUCAAAAUACAGGCCUUUGGUGCAUUGUGGGGAUCAUGAGCCCGGACGCCUGUGUCCCCCGCUUCUCACCCCUCUCUCUCCCCGCCGGCCUCCAGUACGUGGCCUUCGCCUCCCUCUUCUUCAUCCUCAUCUCCAUCACCACCUUCUGCCUGGAGACGCACGAGGCCUUCAACCGGGUGAUCAACAAGACGGAGACGGUGACGACGGGCAACGGGACGGGGACGCAGGUGGCGGUGGAGGUGGAGACCGAGCCCUUCCUCACCUACGUGGAGGGCACCUGCGUGGUCUGGUUCACCUUCGAAUUCCUGAUGCGGGUCAGUUUUUGCCCGGAUAAACGGGAUUUCGUGAAAAGCAGCUUGAACAUCAUCGAUUUCGUGGCCAUCUUGCCCUUCUACCUGGAGGUAGGCUUGCGGGGUCUCAGCUCCAAAGCGGCCAAAGACGUUUUGGGUUUCCUGCGGGUCGUUCGUUUCGUCCGCAUCCUUCGGAUUUUCAAAUUAACCCGGCAUUUCGUGGGUUUGCGGGUGUUGGGGCACACCUUACGGGCCAGCACCAACGAAUUCCUGCUCCUGGGUAUCUUCUUGGCGCUGGGGGUGCUGAUUUUCGCCACCAUGAUUUAUUACGCCGAGCGGAUC